AUGGCUUCAAACGAGAACGAUUUAUGCGCGGACACGAUUGUGGCCCUCGGACUAACAGCUCAUCCGGAGGCAUGGCAGGCAGAUACUGCCUCAGUCACGACUUCUGAUGUCUCGUUAUCAAACGCAGCUGUUGAGCUUCUCCACGGCCUGGUCAGACAGUGGCUCAACGAGUUCCAGAUCCUGGCAUACGUCCCGUUGAGGACGAGGGUAGCCUACGACGACCUGGCCGAUUUGACUGGUGUGCUUCCGCAGCAAAUUCGGCGCAUCGUGCGAACAACGGCGACUGCCGGUAUCUUGUGCGAGCCGCAUCCUGAAAGCGUAGCACAUACUCCUCUAUCAACCCUGCUGGUGAAGAAACCAUCGUUCCUGGAUGCCGUGAAUUUUACUGCCGAAACUGUAGUCCCCGCCUCACUGCGCAUGGCAGAGGCCACUCGACUACAAAUGCGACAUCACAAAAAGGACGCCAGUCCAUAUCAGAUUGCCACAAACUGCUCUCUCUCGCUAGCGGCUGCGUGUGAGAAGAAUGCCAAGCUCCAUCGCAGAGCAGUCGCUUUCCAGCGAUUGAUUACAAGUGGCGGAACGAGUGCCGUACUUCAUAUUCUUUCUUCCAUCGAUUUAGAGGGACUUGGAAAGGCCAUAGUCGAGGUGAAUGCAGUUUCCACGGCGGUGGCGAAAGCACUCUACAGCCGCAGCCCAUCUCUCUGGUUUGUGGUCCAGGUACGCGAGGGGAUCAAGCAGACAGAGUCAAGACUUUCCUCGCAACGCGUGAACUCCUUAAGCUGGCUGAAGGUCCAGAGUCGCGUGCCCGGAACACCGCAAAACGAGACGGACGCGGCCGUUUACUUGCUUCACCUCCCUGAUCCCUACUUCUACGGCUCUUCGAGCGAGCAUGCCGAGAUUUGCGUGGCAGAACUCCGAGCCCACUUUGAUCUGCUGCGGAUAAACGACAAAGCUACUUUAAUCCUUAUAGCAGAUGUUGUUCCAGACACCUGUGGCUCCUCAGAAGCUGAAGCUCGGCUGCAAGACUUGCUGCUGCUCCAGCUGGGACACGAUGUAGUAUUUGAUUUGAAACGGCUCAAGGGGCUGAUGGAGUUUGCCCGAGAGGAUGUCGACAGAAUUACGGUCGUCAAACAGCUUUCGUCUAGUCGUCAUUCCUUGGUUGCGUUUUUGUUGCGGUCGAGUAAAGGUUCGAGUUGA